AUGGGCUACACAGCAGUCUGGCGACAGCUCUCACCGCGUCAGAUCAAUAUUGCAAUCCAAACAUUUUCCCUCAUUUCUAUAUUCGUUGAAGGCUAUGACCAGGGUGUAAUGGGAGGCGUAAACGCCUCGCCAACGUACGUGACAGAAGUCGGGAUUGGAAGGCCCGACGGCAGCGUCACUGACACUACACAUCAAGGUGGUCUAGUCAGCAUAUACUACCUAGGAUGUAUUUUUGGGUGCUUUGCUGGUGGAUGGCUCGCCGAUCGCAUUGGUCGUGUCAAUGGCCUGCUGUUUGGGUCAAUCUUUGCCCUAGUUGGGGGUGCUUUACAAGCCUCCAUUCAAAGCUCGGACUUCAUGUUAGUUGCUCGCGUGGUGACGGGAAUUGGUACGGGAGCAUUGACUGGAAUCACCCCGGUGUUGGUGUCGGAAAUUUCUUCAGCUGAACACCGCGGUGGAUAUCUUGGCUAUGUUUUUAUUGCGAACUAUCUGGGUAUCUCUGUCGCCUACUGGUUGUCCUUUGGCCUCUCUUUUAUCGAUAGCGGCUAUUCGGACUUCAGGUGGCGCUUCCUACUCGCAUUUCAAUGUAUCCCGGCCUUCAUCCUUGCUAUCGGCAUUAAAGCAUUGCCAGACAGCCCGCGGUACCUUGCCUCGGUUGGACGAACUGACGAGGCUCGCUAUUUGUUGAAUUCUAUUCGGCGGCACAAAGCCAGUCAGAAGGAAAUCGACCGGGAAUAUCUCGAGAUUGUGGCUACAGCACGAGACAGUAAACCGAGCUCCCCAAUUCAAUUUGCCAUGAUUCUUUGCGGGAAGAGUGGCAGACCAGGUGCGAAUUUAGGUCGCCGUGCCUGGCUUAGUCUAUUCCUUCAAAUCAUGGCAUCUUGGACUGGCAUAACUGCUGUCACGGCGUAUUCACCUGUGCUUCUCAGCCAGGCCGGUUAUAGUGAAAUCAAACAGAAUGGGUUAGCUGGUGGUUUGAACACAAUCGGCAUCAUUGGGACCAUUAUCAGUGCGCAAAUCGUCGAUCUCCUUGGUCGACGCAAGUGCCUCAUGCUUGGCUCUGCAACGCUGUUCACUGUUGAACUAAUUGCUGGAUCGAUAUACGAAGGUUCUCUUCAUCAUCCAGACAAAGCAACUCAGUAUGCACCCGGGGCUGUCGCGAUGCUCUUCCUUUUUAACUUGGGUUAUGCAGCAACUUGGGGCACGGUAGCUUUUCUCAUACCCACAGAGAUCUUCCCUUCGGACCUGCGAGCCCAAGGAAACGGCUUCGGUAUAACAGGCUGGGCGAUUGGCGUUGGAAUGACCACACUCGUCAACCCUAUCAUGUUCGACAGUAUCAAGAGUCGCUGCUACUUUCUCCUUGCUGGCUUGAAUCUUCUCUGGAUUCCCGUAGUAUAUCUUUUUUAUCCAGAAACCUGCAAUCGAUCACUAGAGUCAAUCGAAGCCCUGUUUUCGGCACCCAGUCCAUUCUCCUGGGAAAUGGAGCGGGCAUACUGCUUGCAUGGUGAUGUGCUCGUCGAACGGGGGGUUGAGAAGAUUGAUGAUGAGGAUGUCCGCAAGGCUGAAGGUUGUCAGAGUCUUCCCCAUGAGGAACAGGAGGAUACUUCGGUGUGUUGA